GCGUAUCCAAGGCAACGCAGACGGCGUCAGUGCAACCCAGCCGAGGAUGUGGACUCGGUGAAGGCAAUCUGCCAGCGCCUCCUCUACUUCGUCGUCUUCUACUUCGUCCUUGGUCUCUUCUUUGUCGGCUACCUAAAUUGGUACAUGUACUUCCAAGUGCCCCGAGAUCACCCAGCCCUGACCGGCAUGCAGUCGGCGCUUCAGAUGAACCCGGGUCUCAGUUACGUGCCCAAUCCCGACUUGUUCAACAGUCUGCUCCACUUCCGAACUCGCGAACCUCUGCCCUACUACGAGAAGUCCGACGAAAUGGCCGCCUUCCUACAUGCCUACCAGGACAACACGGGUUCCACGGAAUACGAGGACUGUGUUCAGGAGGGUGGGUACAAGCAGAAUCCUGAACGACCCUGCACCUACGACCUGAACGCCGGAGGUCCUUGCAACAUCAUGAAUGGGUGCGAGAUCGGUAACAUUUUGUUCACACAGCGUCCAGAUUUUGACUGUGGCCAGGUUGAGACGAAGGCAGCUCUUAUUUACCUCUCAGACGCCUUUCAACAUUGA